GCGAUGGUUGUGCGCCCCCCCAGCGGCUCCACUCCGCUUGCUUCCCCCGCUUCAGCUGCUCGGCUAACGGCUACCACCAAUGGCGUCCACGGAGAUAGCAAGGCAAGCGGGAGAAGGUGCCCGGACCGUGCCUCUCGCCGGCCAUGUCGGCUUCGACAGCAUGCCUGACCAGCUGGUCAACAAAUCUGUCAAUCAUGGAUUUUGCUUCAACAUCCUCUGCGUCGGAGAGACGGGUCUGGGCAAGUCCACUCUAAUGGACACGUUGUUCAACACCAAGUUUGAGGGCGAUCCCACGCAGCACAGCCAGCCCGGAGUGACGCUCAAGUCCAACACCUACGAGCUCCAGGAGAGCAACGUGCGGCUCAAGCUCACCGUCGUCAACACCGUGGGCUUCGGGGACCAGAUUAAUAAGGAAGACAGCUACAAGUCCAUCGUGGAGUUCAUCGAUACCCAGUUUGAAGCGUAUCUCCAGGAGGAGCUGAAGAUCAAGCGCACGUUACACAGCUACCAUGACACACGCAUCCACGCGUGUCUCUACUUCAUCGCUCCCACGGGACACUCACUCAAAUCCCUCGACUUAGUGACCAUGAAGAAGCUCGACAGCAAGGUCAACAUUAUCCCAAUAGUGGCCAAGUCCGACGCUAUCUCCAAGAGUGAGCUGACCAAGUUCAAGAUCAAAAUCACCAGCGAACUGGUCAGCAACGGUGUGCAGAUCUACCAGUUCCCCACUGACGACGAGUCCGUCGCCGAGAUCAACUCCACCAUGAACAGCCAUUUGCCGUUCGCAGUGGUGGGCAGCACGGAGGAGGUGAAGAUCGGCAACAAGAUGGUGAAGGCCCGCCAGUAUCCCUGGGGCACCGUGCAGGUGGAAAACGAGAAUCACUGUGACUUCGUCAAACUGCGAGAGAUGCUGAUCCGAGUGAACAUGGAGGACCUGCGCGAGCAGACGCACACCAGCCACUACGAGCUGUACCGCCGCUGCAAGCUGGAGGAGAUGGGCUUCAAGGACACGGACCCCGACAGCAAGCCCUUCAGUCUGCAGGAGACGUAUGAGGCCAAGAGGAACGAGUUCAUGGGUGAGCUGCAGAAGAAGGAAGAAGAAAUGCGGCAAAUGUUCGUCCAAAGAGUCAAAGAGAAGGAGGGAGAGCUGAAAGAAGCCGAGAAAGAGCUGCACGAGAAAUUUGACCGCCUGAAGAAGCUCCACCAAGACGAAAAAAAGAAACUGGAGGACAAGAAGAAGUCCCUGGAUGAUGAGCUCAACACGUUCAAACAGAAAAAGACAGCGGCCGAGCUCUUGCUGAAUCAGGCCCAGCAGGCGGGGGGCUCCACCACGCUCAAGAGGGACAAAGAGAAAAAGAACUUCUUUUAAUGUCUUGACCAUCAGAAGAGGGGGGGAUGGCAGCUUCAGCAAACCACUAAGCACCCUUUACCUCUUUUUUCUGUUUUUUCCCCCCCCGACCUCGGUUGUAUUUUCUCUUCUUCUCUCCCAUCGCAUCAUCCCGCUUUUGUCAAAUAUGAUCUUCAGUAUGGACCUCUCCUCACGAAGCUCUGAUUACAGUCUUAAUGUCAUGUAAGGGGGACCCUGCAAAUCACCUCCAGUUUGCACACUAAAUCAGAAUCCGGCUUCCCUGGGACAGGUGUGCACUGUGUAAUAAUAAUCGCACAAUUGAAGCUGUCGUGACUAUGCCAAAGCAAUAUAAGAAAUACAGUGGCCAUGUUUACACUACAUACAAUACCACAGAGGGGGUCAUAUUUCCCGUAACACGUCGUGCUUUAAUAUUCCACCGGCCUAUUCUAUUGUCAGCAUGCUUCUUUUUAUUUCCAAAAUGCUGUGAUCCUGGCCUUUUUGUUGCUCGUUUUCAACCCCACCCUAAAUAACGGGCCGUUUCUUGCUCCCAAUGGUGCAAAUUAUGAGUACGCAUUUGUUUCAGCUCCCCCAUGUUGCCAAAUAUUAGUAUAAAGUGGAGUUGAGGUCAACUCCUGUAGGAGUAUUUGAAAAAAAGAAGAAAAACAUACAAAAAAAGGAAGAAUACCCAUGCAUUUAUAUAAUUUAUAAGGAUAUAUUUUGUGUAUUGAAGUGCAUUGAAGACUUGUUGUUACCUAACAUUUUUGUGUCCAGAAACAUUUUUCUAGCAUCCGUUAUUGUUGUCAGAAAACCCCUCCCACACAACAAAUGAUCAAUAUCUUGCUUAAGUUGACUCCCAUUCAUGUACAUUUUCAAUAAAAAAACAAACUAUAUGAUCAAA